GUCAAAGGUCACGUUGUGUAACCUACAGUAACAGCUGCAGCAGAUUUUUUGAGCUCUCUCUCUUUUGGGAUCAUUCAAUAAGAUUCCUGUUAAGUUGUCUUCAGUGAUUGGCUGAACAGACCAACUACGUCUAAAACGAUGCGCCAGCGACAACUUCCGCAGCGACGCUCCUUUACCAUGUGCGUAGGAAAAACAACCGAAGAGCUGCGUUUAUGAAACCUGAAGGAGACAAAUAAACCACGCUGAGGACUGAGACACCAGGAACUGCCCGACUGCAAGUAACCAGCUAACCCGGUUAGCCAGCGAACUGGGGCUUGGUUGUGGCCAUGGCUCUGUACGUGAAAGCCGCAGAUAUCCUGGAGAAGGCGGAGAGGAAGCAGGGCGCCUUGAAAACCCUGGUGUACGACAGUAAGUUCUCCAACAUCAAGCAGCUGUUCGCUCUGGUGUGUGAGACCCAGAAGUUCUCCGCCGUCCUGCUGGAGAUCAUCGAGUACACCAAGCUGCUGAAGCAGACCCGGCUGAGCCCGCACCUGGCCAUGGUGCUGGUGUACGACCUGCUGAUCGGACAGGGCCUGAAGUGCGGCGGCUCCUGGAAGGUGAUGAUGAUGAAGCACCGCUCCAGGCUGCAGGCGGCGCUGGCCCGCAUGAAGGUGAAGAAGAAGGUCAGCCGGAAUGAAGACCUGCUCCCGGCCGAUGUCCAGAACCCCGCCGGGGAGCACCUGCCCAGGUAUGUGCGUGUGAACACCCUGAAGACCACCGUGGAGGAUGUUGGUGUCUACCUGAAGAGGGAUGGCUUCACCUUCCAGGGAAACGCCUCCAGGCUGGAGGACCUCACCCUGAAGGAGAACCACUUUGUGAGGGACAUGCACCUUCCAGAGCUGCUGGCCCUCGCUCCUAAAACUGACUUCCAUGACCACUUCCUGUACAAGGGCGGGCACAUCAUCCUGCAGGACAAAGCCAGCUGCCUCCCCGCCUAUCUCCUCAACCCUCCACCUGGCUGCCAUGUCAUAGAUGCCUGUGCUGCACCCGGCAACAAGACCAGCCACCUGGCCGCCAUCAUGAAGAACAAGGGCAAGCUGUUUGCUUUUGAUUUGGACGCCAAGCGACUGGCCACCAUGUCCACUCUCCUGCUCCGAGCCGGGGUCACCUGUCAUCAGCUGGCACACCAGGACUUCCUGAAGGUGGACUCCGACGGGGCGCAGUAUAAAGAUGUGGAGUACAUCCUGCUGGAUCCCUCCUGCAGUGGAUCAGGUAUGGUGUGCCUCCGGGAGAGCACCUCAUCCAACCAGGAGAAGGAUCAGGCUCGCCUGGCCUCCUUGGCCUCUUUCCAGCUGCGGUGCCUGAACCACGCUCUCAGGUUCCCCCGCCUGAAGCGCCUGGUCUACUCCACCUGCUCCAUCCACAGACAGGAGAAUGAAGACGUCAUAGGAGCCUGUCUGCAGCAGAACCCCGGCUUCAGGUUGGUUCCUCUUCUGGCUGAGUGGCCUGAACGAGGCCUGGAGCCGUUUACCCAGUGUCUGCGCGCCAGCAUCGCCACGACCCGCACACACGGCUUCUUCGUGGCGCUGCUGGAGAAACACAGUGAGGCUGCGAAUACGAAGCAGGAAGCUGUUAAGAUCAGCGGACCUGAGGCGACAACUACACACAGUCCAGAUGCCUGCGAGGAGAAACCUGAAGAUCCCCAGUCAGAGGACGAACAGACACCUGCAGCAGACGUGAUGCCCUGCGGACAAACUGACAGUACACCAGGCAAGAAGAGGAAGAGGAAGAAGAAGAAUACGACCGCAGCUGCAGCUGCACCGGUGGUGCCGGCAGUGAUGGCAGAAGUAGCUGCGGCAGCAGUGGUGACGGCAGCGCCGGUAGCAGCGCCGGCAGUGGAAGCAGCGGUGCCGCCGGCAGAAUGA